GCACACUUAAAUUUGUUCAAAGAGGAGUCUAUGGAGGCCGCCACAUCAUCCAACAAGGGUUAUAUACUUAUACUCAUUGAAUUGCUAAUAUUCAUGGAUCUCUUAACAAUUACUGGCCUUUCGAAGCAGUCAGGUAAGGAAAUAGACACCAUUCAUAGUGGUAGAAACAAAUGGAGACAAGCUGUCAGGUCAACUGGCUUUAAUGCUGUUGCUGGGUAUAUCUUUGGUAAGAAUUCUACAAUGAAGAAGAUACCAAUGACUACUCAUGUCUUUACCCAGGCACUUGAACCUGAAUUGUCUGAGGUAUCCAUCCAAAUAGUUCUUCUAUUGGAGAAAGAUAUAAGCUGGUGAGGCCUAUCAGUCUUGUUGGGGUCGGAGAUAUCAAACAGUCUCAUAUUUCCAAACUGGAUAGCGACAACGAUAACUUUUUUUAGUACUUUUAUGCUUUGUUUUAGCAAGGAUAACUGACAGUUUUUUGUACUUCAACAGUCUACCAGAUCCUAGUUAAGCAACAGUUAACUUGAGAAAGGUGGAAGGAGGGAUUGCUGCAGCAAUGAAGUUCAGUGGAAAACCUACUGAGGAUGUUGUUCAUGGAAAGAGAAAGCAUUGCCCUCUAGUCCUAUUAGAGACGGUCUUAAACAGAAGAUGGGUUGUUUGCUUGCCCGAUACAACGUUCCAGGACGAACAUGGAAAUUUACAAUGGUAUGAUUUGGAUUUUCUCAACAAUUAUGAUUCUUAAGCAUUCUUUUUCUUAAGGGCAAAAUUAUCUUUAUUGAAGAAAUAUAGAA